AUGUGCUCAUCAAGAUCUAAAGCAGAGGUGGAUCUGAAGAACAAAGACGAAGACUUGUCAAUUGCCAUUGGCAAGGGUUCGAAGAAGGAAGAUGAAGAUUUAAAGAUAGAGAUGAGUUUCCAUCGUAGCACCCUCAAUUUUGCCUCUUUCCACCUUCAUUACCAUCGCAAGAAUGAAGGGGAGGGCGAUGUUGAUAUAGUGGUGUAUGUGCGUUUGAGAAGUGGAAAGAAUUAUGACAACAAGAACCAAUUUCCAAAGUUUGAUGUUUACCUGGGGGUCAAUUUUUGGACCACAAUUGAAUUGGGUGCAAAGAAUUUCGCAUAUGUGGAGGUAACAAUCCAAGAGGUUACCAACGACAUGGUACACAAGUGGAAGGGCGAUACGUACGAUCGCUUGUGGCGCAUGGAUGAUGAUUCUGAUUGGGAUCUUCCUUCUGGCCAAAAGAGGAUUAUAAAUAUCACUUUUGAUGAUGAUGAUGAAAAUUCCCUCUCUCAAGAACUGACUCUUAAAUACUUGAAAGCUGUCACCCUAAUUUCCAGCAACGUAACUACAACUAAUGUUAGCUUCACAGUUAGAGCAAGAGUUGAUUCUUCUGCUCCUCCUAUUCUCAAUGCCUUUGAGAUUUUCAAAGUCUUCCCAGAACCAAAUUCCCCUACAGACAUACAAGAUGUUAAUGCCUUCAUGGAGAUCAAACGCACUUAUGGGAUCUCCAAAAUCAGUUGGCAAGGGGACCCAUGUUUGCCAUCUAAGUUUGCACGGGAAGUUGUGAGAUGCAACUCUGGCAGCAAUACAAGAAUCGUUGCAUUUGACGGGACUGGAAACAAACUCGCAGGAUCAAUUCCCAAGGCUUUGAGGGAAAAUGCUAGUUUGCAACUCAGUGUAGCUAACAAUCCAGGGCUCUGCGAGUUAGAUUCAUGCGACAAAGAACGCAGCAAGUUUGUAAUUCCUCUCGUUACAUCAAUUGCAGUUUUUGUCCUAAUUGCCAUUCUUUCUUUGAUUAUUUGGAGAUUCAUGAGAAAGAAAAUACAAGGAGGUUUGUCUUCCAAAUCCCUCAAGAUGGAAAUUCUAAAACAGAAGGGUCGAGAAUUUUCUUACUUACAAGUAAUUCGUAUCACCGACAACUUCAAAACUUUUAUUGGAGAAGGAGACUUCAUGAAAGUUCACCUUGUUACUUUAGAAAAUGAUUCUGAAGUUGCAGUAAAAGUACUUUCCCCAUCAUCAAAACAAGGAUACAUGGAACUUCAAUUGGAGAUUCCCCUUAAAAGUCGUUUGCUUUGGUUCUAA